UUAAAGCUGUUGGGCCCUGAAAUUUUAUUCAACAAUCUGAAAUCAACCCACAGCUUUUCUCAGUCCCCCUUCCCUUUUGGGGCUAGUGCACAGGCAUGAACACCUAUUAAAGAAAACUUCGAAACAGCUACAACGGGAAUAAGAGAGUUUUGUUUCACAAUAAGCAGGCUACUAGUUUAUUAACUUCCAGUCACCUUGAUUUCUGCUGAGAUGAAGACUAUGCGGUCCACACUACUAUUGUUACUAUUCAUGCCUCUGACACAGCCAGCACCAUCAACGCAACAGGACUCACACGUUAUCUAUGAGUAUGGAGGAGAUAAUUUUGAAGAAACCAUACUUAGCCAAGACUAUGAGGAUAAAUACCAAGAUGGAAAAAAUAAUAAGGAAAAAGUGCCUAUAAUACCUGACGAGAACAGAUUUCAGUUACAAAGAGAUGAGACUGUAACAUCACUACCCCCCAAGAAAGAAAAUGAUGAAAUGCCCACGUGCCUACUAUGUGUAUGUUUAAGUGGUUCUGUAUACUGUGAAGAAGUUGAUAUUGACACUGUACCACCCUUGCCCAAGGAAUCAGCCUAUCUUUAUGCACGAUUCAACAAAAUUAAAAAGCUGACUGCCAAGGAUUUUGCAGACAUGCCUAACUUAAGAAGACUUGAUUUUACUGGAAAUUUGAUAGAAGAGAUAGAAGAUGGUACUUUUUCAAAACUUUCUCUGUUGGAAGAACUUUCACUUGCUGAAAAUCAACUACUGAAACUUCCAGUUCUUCCUCCAAAGCUCAUUCUACUUAAUGCAAAACAUAACAAAAUCAAGAGUAGAGGAAUCAAAGCAAAUGCCUUCAAAAAAUUGAAUAAGCUCUCUUUCCUCUACUUGGACCACAAUGCCCUCGAAUCUGUGCCUCCUAAUUUACCAGAAAGUCUGCGUAUAAUUCAUCUGCAGUUCAACAACAUAACUUCAGUGACAGAUGACACAUUCUGCAAGUCUAAUGACACCCGUUAUAUUCGAGACCGUAUAGAAGAGAUUCGUCUGGAGGGCAAUCCAAUCAUCCUGGGAAAGCAUCCAAACAGUUUCAUUUGCUUAAAAAGGUUACCAAUAGGGUCAUACUUCUAACCACUAUCAAUACAGCAUAUACGCAAAGGUACACACACUUAUAAUCUGUCUCAACAAUGUGUAAAGGAACAUCAAUACUGCUUUAAUAUUAAUCUUGUAUCCCAUUAUGAAGGAAUUUUAUGUUUUAAGCAAAGAUGCAUAAAAAUCUUACAUCCAAGCAAAAAGACUGAAUUUCUAAGUCCAAAACAAAGUAAUGUGAAAAAGUUUAAAAAGCAGUAAAAAAAAAAAUCCUUGUAAUUUAGAGUACCAUUUAAAAGGCAUGUCUUAAUACAAAUACAACAUUUGAGAUGCAUUAUUCUCAUUACUAAUGAAGUAAGUAAAGUCUAAGAAACUUUCAAUUGUUUGUCUUUCCUGGCCUUUACUGUAUCUCAAAAGCAUUUAGGGCAGCUGUUCCAAAAACUCUGAAAAGCUAAAUAUUUCCAGUGAUCGCCCAUGUUUCCUUUAUGAUUCAUCACGAUACACUAUAAAGUAAGAACUUUGUUUUCUUCCUGUGAAGGCAGCUAUCUUACUGUAUUUUCACUUAGCUUUAGAAAUAGUGUACGGUCCCAUAUCUAGGAAAUAUUUUUCAAAUAAAGUAGAAUUUUACUCUCUGAUAAAGUGCUUAUAUAUAAAUGUUCAAUUUUCUGUUGUGUGGUCACACAGUUAAUCUUUAGUAAAAUAAAAUUUCCUUUAAUCUAGAUAUUAUUAUUCUAUCAUAAAACAUUUAAAAAGGCAAGUAGGUCCAAACCAGUAAAAACCAGAAGUCUAGCUAUUUCUCAGAGAACAGUAAUAAGGCCCCUCUACUGUAAAGAUUUUCAAAUAUGAAAUAACUGCAAAAUAUUUUCUUUUCACAUGACAGGAAUAAGCAUUUCAUCAAUGGAUUCGUUCCAACAUAAGAAAUGAAAACAAAGUGUCUUCUGCAGUAUUACUGCACACCACCUUCCCGUCCCGGUUUCCCAUGGACACUCAUGCUCACAGAAACAAAAUGGUAUUCACAACAAAGCUUUGAGUGACAUUUCUCAGCACCCACGAUGAACACACACUGAAGGUUGAGAAUCUAACCUUCAGUCUCGUACUGACAAUUUUUGAUGACACAAUGCUGCCAAAUUAAAGUUCAUAUACUAAACUUCUUCCCCAUUCCCCACCCAAGUGUCUUAGUUUACACAUUGUUUUGGAAUUAAACUCAAAAUUAUCAGCUUUAGAAACAUGUUUAUGACAUGUGUACAUCAAAAUACUAAUGUCAUUUCCAUCAUAAAUUAUUCAUGGCAAUCAAGUUGGUCUCUAUUAUACACUAAUCUCAAAACCCAUAUCCAAUUCUAUUUUUAAGCACUUCCUUGUAGUCUACCUUAUCUAAAAUGACCAACCAAUUUGUCAAGGUUGACUCUAAGAUUAACCUUUUCCAUUUAAGCAUCUGUGUGUGACCUCUUAAGGCCACAAUUAUUAUCCUAAUGUUGCUUAUUAACUUGUUCAUUUAUUUUGGCAAUCGAUGAUCAUAACCACUAUACCGCUUUCAUAUUUUAUGUGCAGGUCUCAUUUCUUUGUGACUGAAAGCUGAGAGCACUGAACACAGCCUUGUUUUUAUACUUUUAUGGUGCCUAGCACAACAGUGAGCGCAUUUUAAUUAAAUACACAAUAAAUGUAAAAUCUACCCAAA